AUGUUGGGUCUCUAUGUAUGGGGAAGACAUUGGGGACUUGCUUCCAUAGACCCCUCUUGUUUAAUCAUUAUUUCAUACUUGCAACUUCUUGAGUAUGACGAAUGGGGCCUCAUUGAAUGUGAUAAUCCAAACCUUUCUCCGACCGGCGAGCUUCCCGUACUGAAAGACGGCCUUGAAUGGAUCGCCGGUGUUCAUAAUAUAAUAAGACACCUAAAGAAAAAGGACUUGGACGCCGACGAGAGUUUAUCGGCCAAACAGAAAUCCGAAAGUUUGGCGUUUACCUCGUUUGUCGAAGAAAAUGUUUAUGACGCACUUCUGUUCUCGUGGUACGUCAAUUCCAAGAAUUACACAGAAACAAUUCGUCCACUUUACGUAAAACUGCUCGCCUUCCCGAUCUGUUAUGUUGUACCGACGCAAUUGCGAGACGCGGCAAAAUCCAGAUUGGAGAAGUAUGGCGUUGUAACCAUGGGGGGUUCGGGAUUUCUUGUGGAUAAGGAGCAAAAGAUGCAAAAGGUUGUACGAGAAUCCUACAAUGUCUUACUGAGGAAAAUAGGAGACAAAGAAUACUUCUUUGAUCGACCGUCAACCAUCGAUGUUGUAGUGUAUGGUCAUUUAGCACUACAUCUCUAUGCCAAUCUCCAAAAUUCGGAUUUGUCUGAAAUUCUAAAAACCGAAUACCCGCGACUGGAGCAAUUUUGCGAACGUAUGAAAAAUCGACUGUCCUCGAAAUCGAUCAAUUAUCUCCCAGCUACAGAUCUUCCAUCAGUCUUCACAGGAUUGAUAAGUUCCCCACGGACGUGGUUCACCCGAACUCCAAGGAUGAAAGAGAAAUCAGAAAAAUCAGAGGCUCAAAUUAGCUUCGAAAGAAAGAGAUAUAUAUCAAUCUUCGGGGCAAUCACCUUUAUUAUAGUUUAUGUAUUUUGGAAUAGGAUUAUUAGUAUAGAAUUGGAUGGUGAAGUGAACGAGGAUGGUAAUAGAAACCAAGAUAUUGAUGAAGAAGACUAUGAAGAAUCGGGAAACGGCACUAACGAUGUCGCACGUUCAUUGUUAAUUUCAUUGAUUUAUUUUGCAAUUCUAUAA